GUCAUCCUCUCUCAACCUUCAUUUGCUCGCAGCACUGCCAAUUUGGUGACGUUGACUAACGGACUUGUUCUUUUCUCAAUCUCCUUCUUCGGACUUAUUCUUUUAAUUACUCAGUGGAGCGAGGCUAGGUUGAUCCUACGGUGUCUUCGUCUUUCCUCCGUGCACGUUGAUCGUCAGCACUGAACCUUGUACUUGCGUCUACAGUUCACUCACUUCGCAUCUACAAAAGCACUACUCGUUUCCCACUCCAGCUUGUCUUUCCGAGUAAUUCCUUUCUAUCAGUCACCAUGCUUUUCAACACCCUUCUCUUUGCCUCGACGGCAUCCGCAACCUGUCUGCACGGCCUUUCCAUGUUCAAGCGCGCAGAGGGCGAGUCAGUCAAAAUCAACACCUUUGGAUAUGGUCCUCUGAAUGGUCCUCUCAAUUGGGCUUCGCUCGAGGCUGAGAACGAGGCAUGCAAAGCGGGCUCAAACCAAUCACCCAUCAAUCUUGACAACUCUGUCACUACUGUCACCCAGAAGCCUGUUCUCAACAUCCCCGAGGUAGAGGAAGUCGAGUUCGAGAAUUUGGGCACCACCAUCGAAGUGGUCACGAAUGGCACCACAAGCAUCGGUGGCACCGACUUCAGGCUGGUUCAGUUCCACAUGCAUACGCCAUCCGAACAUCAUGUCAACGGCGAGUAUCAUCCUCUGGAAGUGCAUAUGGUGCAUGAGGCCGUCGCCGACAACACCAAACUUGCCGUUCUCGCUCUGAUGUUUCAAGUCUCUGCCGGCGAAUCGAGCUCCAUAAUCAAAUCGCUCUCUUCCUCUGUGUCAGCAAUCUCUACACCCGGCACCAAGACCGCCAUCCGCGGAGGUAUUGAUUUCAGCGACGUGGUCGCCAAGGUGGCCUCUUCAGAUGUCCUACAGUACACUGGGUCCCUCACCACGCCUCCCUGCGCCGAAGGUGUAACCUUCAUGAUUGUCAAGGACCCUCUGGACAUCAGCGUCGCAGAUUUCAACAGCAUCAAGGGCGUAGUCAAGUUCAACGCUCGCUUCAUCCAGAACUCCCUGGGCUCCCCCAACAUGCUUGAAGUUGCCAACCGCGCGGGCACCACCACUGCUUUCAAGCCUGCGGCUGUCGAGCAGCCGGCUACCAGCAAUAAGACUGCGAACGCGACGGUCGAGGCUGAAGCUGCCCCUAUGAGCAAGGGCCACACUUUCACUGUCACUGAGCUACAUGGCAAGCCUACGCAGAUCGCUGCCGUCGUCGUCAAGAAGAGGACUCCCAAGUACUCUUAAACAUAGCAUAACGGUCCUGUGGCAUGUUUGAAGUGUUGGAGACGCCCUUGCCGUCUGCUGGAAUUCAAGAACGAGGUUCUUCUGUACAAUGAUACCAUGAGAGAGAAAGCAAUAGAGACAUAUACACAGUGGUCAACCUUUUAGCGCAUGCAGUCCACCAUACAUAUGCAUAUAACCCAAUGGAUAGCUGUCUCUUAAUUUAUUCACGUGUGAAGGGUCCUACCCCAUAGAUCCAUCUUCAAUUUUUGCCGUGGUUACGUAUCUGCGUGGCAGUGAAAA